AUGACAGCGCGCGGCAGGCAGCUCGCGAUAACUCUGGGCGGAAAAGGCGGGAGAAGACUCUGCCGCUUCCGCGUGAGCGCAGCACAGAUCCAACACCGGAGCAAAAUGGACGAGAAGUUAAUAUUAACUGUAUUUAAUCACCCAGAGCUAUACAAUGUCACUCUUCCCAAUUACCGCUGCACGGAAAGUCGGGCACAUGCCUGGAGAAACAUCAGUCUGGUGUUGGGUCUCCCCUCUGAGGAGUGCAAAAGAAAAUGGAAGAACCUGAGAGACAGGUAUCUGAAAGAAGUCCGAAUUGAGAUCAAAAGUAAGAAACAAGGAGAGGUCUUGCAGAGCAGAUGGAAAUACAGACAACUGAUGAACUUUAUUGCACCCUUCACUGGGUCCAGAAGCGGAGUGGCAGACAUCUGCGGUAACAAUGACGAUGACCACGACAACCCUGACAAUGAAUCUGGCUGUGUGGAGGGAGAAACCACGUCAUCCGAGACAGUUAAGACGCCGCAGUCCACAAUGAAGGCACCAUCGAGUCCAGCAGACCUCAAGCCCCAGGUAGCGUUUGUGUCACAGCUUCCUUCAGUGUCUCAGGACUCACAGAUGACCCAGCUCACUGUUCUGGCAAACAUGCCGUCAGGUCCACAAGUGCCCCCUGUCAGCAAAACUGGACGGAAACGUCGUCUGAUGCAAGAGUCACUUUCACCGUCUUCGUCCCAACGUACACCAUCCCCUACUAAAUGGCUGGUCAAAGACAAUGGCUCCUCUUUUCCCAACAGGCCUCGGGACGAAGACGAACUGUUUCUGCUGAGCUUCGUGCCCGCUCUUAAGCGACUCGCUCCGCAGAAAAGAUGUGAGACAAAAAUAAAAAUCCAGCAGAUUAUGUAUGAAGCAGAGUUCAACAUUGCACAGCCAGAGAAACCGUCGGAUUCAGAAACGCGGGACUAGGCCAAACUGACUUUAAAAAAGAAAUUACUUAAUUGUAUUUUCUGAAAAAACUCUUGCACAAAAUGAACAAAUUAAUUUUUUUACAGCGCAAACUGAUUGAG